AUGUCGUCACAUCCGUCUAAGAAAAUCAAAUUAGAAGACUUACCUGCAUGUCCUUAUGGUAGCACAUGUUAUCGUAAAAAUCCUGCUCAUUUCAAGGAAUAUUCACAUUCUGACACUGCAGCAACUUCAAGCACUACAACAGAAGUUAAAGCGACCAAUAACAAAACAUUACCAGUGUGUCCAUUUGGUGCUACUUGUUAUCGAAAAAAUUUACUUCACUUUGCGGAAUUUAGUCAUCCAUUUAAUCUUCUUAAUCCUGAUGCUGAUAGUAGUGAUGAGGAAGAAACAACUGAAUCAACUAAAUCAAAAGAAAUAGUUGAAUCUGGAAAAAAACGUAAAGCAGAAAGUGAAGAAUAUGAUGAUGGAGAAGAAACAGAAGAAUACAAUUCAGAUGAUGAAAGUGCUUAUGAUGUUAAGCUUGAGAAAACUUUUUCCAAAAUGAAUGAUGAUGAAAAACGUUUAAUGAUUGAAAGAGCAUUUGAAUUAAAAGAAAAAUUAAAAGAAAAACUAAAAAAAUCACGUGAAGAAGCUGAAGAACGACAGAAAGAAGUCGAACAACUUCAAAGUAAACUUACAGAAGGUGCUUUAUUAAUGGAAGGUGAAGAAGAAGUACUAAAAGGUACUACUGUUAAAUAUUUUGAACUUUUUCCUGAACGAAGUUAUAAACAAGGAUCAGCUGCCGAAGUACAUUUCCGUCUUGCUGAAUCACAAUUUUAUCGUUUAUUAAGUGGAUAUGCCACAGCACAAGUAGUUAAAGUUGAAUAUGUAUGUAAUCCUAUCUUAAUUAACAAUUUCAAUAAAGCACGUGAAGAAUUAAAAAAAACACGUGGUGUAGAAUAUUCUUAUCCUGUUUUGGCAUUUCAUGGCACAGCAAUUGCCAAUAUUCAACCAAUAUGUGAAACAGGUUUUAAAGUACCUGGUCAAAAAGGAUUUAAACAUGCUACUGAUACUGGAUAUUAUGGACGAGGAACUUAUUUUAGUGAAUAUCCUGGUUAUUCAAUGGGAUAUAUAAAAGGUUCGACGAAAUUGUUAUUAUGUCAAGUAUUACAAGGAAAAGUAUAUCAAUGUACUCAAUUGAUUACUGGUGGUGGUCUUCAAGAUGGUUACGAUUCACAUUGUUCACCUUGUAAAAAGGAACUAGUUAUAUUUCGUAGUGAUUAUAUUCUUCCUCAAUAUAUCGUUCAUUAUAAACUAAAUGCAGGAGAGUUCAAAUAUACACCACAUGGUAUUACUAAAGAAUUAAUUAAAAAGAAAUUAGAUAAAAUUGGAAAACUAUACAAAAAAGCCGUCACGAAGAAAGAUCAAUCGAUAUUUGCUGGUUACAAAUUUGUAUUUAUUGGUCAGAUGGCUGAUACAACUUUAGCAAUCGAUACAUUAGUUCAACGAUUCGGUGGUCAUGUCUGCAAGAAUGAGUUAGGCUCUAAUAGCAAAAAAGGAUCAAAAAAAGCGGCUUAUGCCUAUUAUGGAUUUAGUAAUUACGACGCACCUAAUGUAAUUAUAUGUUCCGUAGCUGAAAUGGAAGCAGCGACUCCAUCGGUAGAAUUACAAACGUAUAAAAAUAUGGGCUUUCAAACAUUUUAUCGUGAAGAUUAUCUAUAUGAUUCAAUUAUUGAAGGUGCAGCAAAAUCUUUGGAUGAAUAUGCACAUGAUUGA